AUUUUAAGUAAUAUUACUCAUUCUAUUACUAAAACAGUGUUGCCAAAUUCAAUACCACGUAUCUAUGAUACUUAAAGAUGUAGGUUAUAUUUCAGAUAAAAUUGAUUCAAAUCACUUAGAAGAUUUAAUUGUGAUAUUUUAUUGUACCAAUGUCUAUACGUUCAAAUUUUAAAAAAUGGAUUGUAGGAUUUGGUGCAUUAGGUGGUGCUAUGUUUUUUUAUCCAAAUGAUAAUGAUAAUAAUAAUCAAUUUUUACACACACAUAAAUUUGGAAUAGCAGCUUCUAGUUGGGAUUAUAAUUGGGAUAGGCGAGAUCCAAAAAGUUUAGUAAAACCAAUGAAAAUAGAUAAUGAAUCUAAUCAAAAUUUAUAUAAUAAACAAUUAAUAAGUAAAACAGCAAAAGCUAUACGUCAUAUAAUUUUAAUUCGUCAUGGACAAUAUAAUGUAGAAGCUAAAACAGAUACAGAUGGAAUACUUACAGAUCUUGGUAGACAACAAGCUGAGGCAACAGGGAAAAGAUUACAAGAAUUAGGUUUUCCAUAUACUUUACUUGUACAUUCAACAAUGACAAGAGCACAAGAAACUGCUAAAAUUAUAGGAAAAGGCCUUAAGAAUGUACCAAUAAAAUGUGAUUUGCUUCUUAAUGAAGGUGCACCAAUUCAACCCGAUCCACCAUCAUCUAACUGGAAACCUGAAUUUUAUAGAGAUGGACCUAGAAUAGAAGCUGCAUUUAGAAAAUAUUUUCAUCGUGCAGAUUUUGCUCAAGAAAAAGACUCUUAUACAAUUCUUGUUUGUCAUGCAAAUAUUAUUAGAUAUUUUGUAUGCAGAGCAUUACAAUUUCCACCUCAAAGUUGGUUGCGUUUAAGUUUGAAUCAUGCUAGUAUUACAUGGAUUACUAUUUAUCCUGAUGGUAUUGUAAAAUUAUGGGCUUUUGGUGAUACAGGACAUAUGAAACCACAGCUGUUUUUAUAAUUAAAUUUAAAAUAGCAUAUCAUUUUAUUUAAUAAAAAACAUUUAUGUUAUCUAUA